CUUGGCUGGGCUACAUCAACCACAAUGAACACAAUGUGGACAUUCCACUUGGAGCCGACAACAAGUUCUUCUCCAUGGGCCCAUCCACAGUAGCAGAGAAUCUGGGACAACCCAGCAAAUUCCGUGUUGGGAACCACUCUAAUGUCUUCUACAUCAGGCUGGCUGAUGAGACAGUAGCUAUGAUCUGGAGGCUCGCCUACACACUGUCUAACUCAGCAUUCAGACUGCCCAUCUCUACCAACUACCCCGUUAAAUGUACAGGGGAGGAGAUAGCUGAGGAUGAGCUGAUGUUGCAGAACAACCAGACCAUCCAAGGUAGCUGUCAGUGUUACCACGGUUACUGGGGUUCCAACUGUAGACACCCGUGUCCAGGUGGAGGUCACAAUCCCUGCUACGGUAACGGGGUAUGCGAAAGCACCAAUGGUACAUGCACCUGUUCCACACGCUUUGUGGACACACCAGACUGCCGGCAGUGUUCAGAAGGGUGGAUCGGACAAGACUGCUCAGUGUCAGUAACAGACCUUUCCAGUGCAGCUGUUGGUAUCCAUGUUGGAAAUGUUUUCUCCAACAGCCACUUCACUACCUUUGAUGGCUGUGGGUUUGAUUUUCAUGGAGCAGGAGAGUAUCUGCUCUACCAUCACCAGGCAGAAGACAUCACAAUUCAUGUCCAUGCAGUACCAUGCAGCCAGGAUAGCCUCAGCUCCUGCAUUAAUGCUGUAGCCAUUCAGGUCUCAACAGAAACACUUGUGAUACAUGGUAGCUUCUCACCUGCUGAUGUUGGUGGUGUAGUGUGGCACAAUGGUCAGGUAACCUCAAUCGGAGACCAGGUGAUCCUUUCAACAGGGUACACCAUAGAUAGACCAUCAAUUGAUCAUUAUGUCAUCCAAUCAAGUGCAGGUUUCUAUCUGCAAGUUUCAGUCAAUGUCCUCUACAUUGACAUGUACCUGCAAGUCACCACUCCUUACUGCUCAGCUACAACAGGAUUGUUGAGUUCUUGUGAUGACAAUGCACACAAUGACUUCCUAACCAGUGGUGGGGUACUGUUAACAAAUAGGACACUGAGUCAAGACACCAUCCACAACAACUAUGGCCCUUCUUGGUUCAUCCAUUCAGACAACACACUCUUUGUCUAUGGCCAUGGAAAUUCAGAUGAGCAGAGAAACAUCACUGGGAAUUCCCGCUGAUUCUCUCUGUUCUUCAUGAUACCUACAUGUCAACAGGACCCUUGUACACUUUCUCUGAAUCUGACAUCACCAUCGAGCUGGACAUGCAGUUGAAUGAAACAGCAGGCUGUGGUACAAUUUUGUCCUACACACUGGAAGGAACAUUUGCCCUCCAGCAUUGUGACGGCUUCAUUGAAAUCCUCUAUGGAACACAUAGCCAUUCACAUCCAAUACUUCAUUUUGACCAACCUGCCAUCAGCCUAGAGACUGGGAUCUGGUACCAUAUAGCUCUGGUUUGGCAGGUGAACACUAAUCAGCUCCUGCUGUAUGUCUUUCAUCCUAAUGGCAAUGUUCAGUCAAUUACUGGUGUGUUUAGCUCACUGAACAUCAACAUGUUUGCCCCAGGAGGAACUUUGACUCUUGGAAAAUGGACUUUUGCCUCCAACAUCUACACUGUUGCUGACGACCACUUUGUCGGGUGGAUUGAUGAACUGGUUAUCUGGAACAUCCGUUUCGAUGCUAGUCAAAUAAGGGACCACAUUGGCACAUAUCACCACAACACCACUUCAGAUCUUGCGAGUCUUUGGCAUUUCAAUGAGGGAGUAGGAACAAUUUGUCAUGACUCUGUGUCACUGGGGCACUUCCACAUGACAUCACAGCCAUGGCGAGCUCCUGUGUGGGUCUUCUCAACAUUAAAUGUCUCAGCAUCAACAAAUGUUGACCUGUACUACAAAGUCCACUUCUCCUCGACAACAUUCCAACACCAGGUUGAAGAGUUCUGCCAGUCUUUGUUCCUUGCCUCUGACAUGUCCAGAAGCUGCACCAUGCUUGGCAUAGCAAACACAGAGCGAUAUUACCUGUCUUGCAUUUACGACGUUGCAAGAUUCAACGACUUCAACAGGGCCCUGUAUACAGCUGUCGCAUACGCUGACUACUGUGAAACUGUUCUUCAGCUUCCUUCCUGGCCAGCCCAACAUCUUUGUCACAUCUUUCCUGAGAUGCAGUUCCCCCUCUGGACAGGGAUACAGUGUAAUGUGCCGUGUGUGGGAGGAUACAUGAGCUCAGAAGAACCAGACCAAUGCCUGUGCUACCACGGUUACUGGGGACCUGACUGCAGCCAUCUUUGUCCAGGAGGAGUCUCCUCACCAUGUGGUGGGGUGGGAACAUGUGAUGUAGUGACUGGCCAUUGCACAUGCCCUGUCAACUUUGAUAACAACAGCAACUGCCUCAACUGUGUUGCUAACUGGGAAGGAUCCAAAUGCCAAAUAGCAAACCCUGCAGCAGCUAGUUCAACAUCAUUCGUCUGCAGUCUGUUCAGCUACUCGCACUAUGUGACAUUUGAUGGUACAGCAUACAACCUACCAACAGCAGGUGAAUAUGUGUUCCUUCAGUCAGCAGACUUUUCAGUCUACACUAGGCAGGUGCCCUGUGGAGGAAGUGACCUUUACUGCGUUAACCAGGUUUGGGUUCAAACACCAAACUUCAACAUCACCCUACAUGCUCCCUACAAGCAGGACGCAGACCCUGUUGUGUGGAAGGAUGGUGAAGAGCUUGUUGUUGACCUUGCUGUGACGCUGCCUACAAACUGGACAAUACAAAGGAAAGAUUUAUACACAUUCCAACUGCAACACAGCAGUGGCCAAUACCUAAAGAUGGAAGCUCGAGACAGAUUCCUUGGCCUGUAUCUUUCAGUGGAUUCUUCCUUAUGUUUAGUAACAGAAACACAGUUGUGUGGAAAAUGUGAUGGAAAUAGAGCCAAUGAUUUCUACAUCAAUGCUGGCCACCAUCUGCAACUAAGCACUGUUACAUCUCAUGAAAUCAUCCAUUUAUGGGCUCCAGUUUGUACCAUAAACUCCCAUGUUGACACAGCAUUCAUCUACAACUAUGAUGGAUUCUAUGAAGAACAAUUCCCUACAAAUGGAGGCUUCAGUUUGCAUUCAAUGACAG